CGAACUUUCCACUCCUUCACAUACAAAGGAUCAAGCACAGAUUCCUUCCCCACCAAAAUGUAGCCUUACAAGACUCUCUAUUCCUUCUCAUUGGCCCUUCCGUCUGAUUUUGACGACAUCCAUAGGCGGCACAGCCCUCGAGAUCGGAGGACUUUCUUCAUAGUGUGUCGUGUGUCCUAUUCAUAGUCCUUCCGAAUGAUCGAGAGCUUCCCAAUUCUCGAGUGAUGGUUGGGUCUAUUUGGAGCUCGAUUAAGCGCUGUACCUGAUCCUGAAGCUUCUUUAUCUUCGCUUCGUCCCCCUCCUGCAUGUUCCAGAUCAAUAAUCUUUUUCGCCACCGCAUUUCUGUGGUGGAAUUUUCAAAAUGAGAAACAAUGCAGGUCUCUUACCUGAUCUCAUUCCUUGUCUUCCGAAUAGGAUUAUCUCUAAGAUCCCUGGUGCUGUACUAGCUGUUUAUUUCAUUGUUACUCUUCCGAUUUAUUGUGUUGCUGCUUGGUUUGUCUUGACGUUUCGAUCAUGUCUUGAACCGUGGAUGAAAGCUCGCGCAUGUAGGGCGGAGAAGGAGCGCCAGAAAACGGAAACGAAAAUUGCGAUCAUGAGCCACACGCCGAAGAUUCUUGGGCCAAGGAGAGGUAGAGCUUUGAGCAUUGGCAGGCCGGAAACUCCGACUAAGAUCGAGGUCACACCUGAGGUCGGCGCGCCCACGAAUAUUUGGAAGACGACUGUCGAUGAGCAAGAGAAUUGCCGCUUGUUCAAGCUCCCCUUCGAACUUCGACGUCAGAUAUUCGAAGAAGUACUAGGAGGGUACAUGAUUCACAUCUUUUUUAUGGAGAACUAUCUGCCAAUGAGCCAUUCGAGAUGCAAGUCAGAACGAGAAGGCAAAUGCGCAUGUCAAGUUUUCGGAAAAGGCCAAUGGAAAGCAUAUCAACCUCGGACACGAAAGCAAAAGGGAGCUGUGGAUCAAUGGGGACAAUGCGAACUUCUUGCUCUCUCAAAGACAUGCCGCAGAAUCUACAGCGAAACAAUCGAGAUCCUGUAUGGCUGCAACACAUUCGACUUUAACUCCAUCAUCGAAGUAUUCCGGUUCUCGCUCACUGUUCUCCCAGAAAGAAUGCAGCUCAUGAAAGAUGUACGCUGGAAGUACAUCGGUAUAUACGACGGUAUCAACCCACGCUAUAUGUCCCACAAGCGAUUCGCAUACCCACGCAUAGGUAAUGGCGAUGAAAGGAUUUGCAAGAAGAUGCCAUGGCUAGGAUGUAGGAGGUCAGACGAAGAAGAUGAGGAGGAGGACUGCUCGUGUCUUACUUGUUGGACUCCAGUUGAAACUCCUGAUGUUGAGCAACAGCAGCUGGUCAUAUAUAAUUGGCUUAUGAGGUUGGCAGAAGAGAGAGAAGCGGAAAAGAUUCUUGAAGAAUCUCCCAGAUCUUCGGGGACGUUUGACGAUUAGGAGGAUGAGG